AUGCUCAACGGGAUCCUCUUCGUUUGCCUGUUCCUGGGUCUGUACAGUGGCGGCUCUGCUCUGCGCUGCAGAUGGAUGGAUCAAAAAUUCAAGCAAUACAGUGAAAACUACUUGGAGCUUCUCCAAAUGAUGGUUAAUAACACCAACACUAACAGCACUGAGGAUGCUGAGAUGGAGGAAACUGUGGCCUUCCCUUAUGAUCUGUACAGCCAGGCAUCCAAAGCUACGGCUGAGGUCAAACUUGGUUUCACAGUGCAGGUUCUGGAGGAGAUAGUUGACCUGUUAGAGCAGGAUCACAGCUCUGCAUCAUGGGACGAGAGAAAUGUGGACGACUUUCUUAAUAUUGUGACCCAGCAGGCUGACGGCCUUCGCUCCUGUAUUGCGAGUCACGGCCACAAGAAGAACAAGAAGAUGCACAUGUAUUUCAAGAGACUCUCACGCCAUGUUCUUGAGCAAAAUGGCCACAGCGCUGAAGCCUGGGAGUUGGUCAGGAAGGAAAUUCAGAGUCAUCUCAUGAGAGCCGACCUUCUGGUUUCAUCUCUGCUCUCCACCAACUAA